GUUUGUUUCCGUCCUUCGACUCCGACGUGGGUUUGGACCCCCCAAAUCCAAGGAAAGCGGAGACGAGCGAGAGCGGCGAGGAGGGCGAAGGUGGGAAUUCCCCCCUGGAAGUGAACUCCAUGGUCCAGAUCGCCUUGGACAAGGGGAGCCAAGUGUCGGGAAUCAUCCGCUGGUUGGGAUUCCUGCCCCAGAUUAAGGAGAAAAUGGCGGGAGUGGAACUGGAUGAAGACAAGGGGGUCACCGGGGGCGAGUGGUUGGGCAAGUCCUACUUCCACUGCGCCCCAAAACGCGGCCUCUUCGUGAGGCUCAACUCCUGCCAGCCCGACCGGCGCUUCCAGAGCCUUCCCGACGCCCAACCCUCCCUCCUGGAUUACGGAGAACGGGAAGUUCUUCCCCAGGCUCCUCCGGAGAGUUUUCCUCCCCUCAGGAACGAGGCGGCCGUGCGCGUCCUGCGGGGCCGGAUGAAGGGCAUCCAAGGCCACUGCAAUUCCUGCUACAUGGAUGCCGCUCUCUUCAGCCUCUUCUCCUGCACAUCUGUGCUGGACUCCAUGCUCUUCAUGCCCUUCCCACUGAGUGACAGGAAUGUCCAGGGAAUUCUGCGGGAUGAGAUCGUGAAUCCCCUCCGGAGGACUGGAUUUGUCCGGGCCAGCAGCGUGAUGCACCUCCGGGAGCAGCUCACGGACAAGGGACAAUGUUCCAGCUUCACCAACGCUGAGAAAGAUCCCGAGGAAUUCCUCAACCUCAUAAUGCAGCAGAUCCUGGGAAUGGAGCCACUCUUGAAACUCCAGUCAGGAGGGCAGGAGCAGGAUUGUUACUGCUACCAGAUCUUCCUGGAUAAGCAGGAGGAUCUGGUGGUUCCCAACGUGCAGCAGUUGGUGGAACGUUCCUUCCUGUCCUCGGAUCUGAAGCUGGUGGAGAUCCCCUCCUGCUUCAUUAUCCAAAUGCCACGUUUUGGGAAGGAGUACAAAAUGUUCAGCAAAAUCAUCCCUUCCUUGGAGCUGGACAUCACAGACCUGCUCCUGGACAGUCCCAGGGAAUGCUGCCUGUGUGGAGAUGUUGCCACCCUGGAGUGUUUGGAAUGUUUCCAGGACCAGGUGUUCGCAGCCACGGGCCUGAAGCAGUUCUGCAGCUCCUGCUCCAGACAGGUUCACUCCCAUCACCGACGCAAGGCGCACAAACCGACGCGGCUGCACAUCCCGGAGGAAUUCCAGCGGUGGAAUUCCCGGCGGAGGCAGCCGAUCCCUCGGGAGAAGCUGGAGCUCUUCGCCGUGCUCUGCAUCGAGACCAGUCACUACGUGGCCUUCGUCAAGUACGGCCCCGGGAAGGAGCACUGGAUGUUCUUCGACAGCAUGGCCGACCGGCACGGUGGCGAAAGCGGCUUCAACAUUCCUGCGGUGACGCUGUGCCCGGAGGUCGCCAAAUACCUGGAAUUGCCCUUGGCCGGGCUGGCCCUGGAGCAGCCCCGGGAUAUGGAUGGAGUGGCCAAAAGGCUCUUCUGUGACGCCUACAUGUACCUGUUCCAGAGCCGGAAAAUGGCCCUGUACAAGUGACCUGGAGCGGCCUCGGGAAUCUGGGAUCGCUUCCCGGCCCCUCGGGAACAGCCGAGUCUGGACGCAACAAGCUGCACUUCGGAGCCUCUUCUUACCUCUCCUGGUAUCCCGCUAUCCGUGGGGUUGGGAAAUCCCGGCUUUAUCCCGUGGGCACAGCUGGACUUUGGAAUUAUUGACGCCCGGAUCCCGUCUCGUUCCGCACGUUCCCAUCCCGCUCUUUUCCCUUCCCACCCUCCUUUUCUCCCGUCCCUCCGAAGCCGAGGACCAGCAGCAACCAAAGCACCGGGAUUCAUCCUCAGGUUUUCAGGGAGCACAAGGAAUC